AAAAACUACAAACUUUGAUAUCGUACUACUCUUUUGCUCUAAUUUCUUAAAGGGGAAGUUGUAAAUAUGCAUGGAACUCAAAUCAUUACAAAAAGAUAGUAUUCUCCUUAUCAGAAUAUAAGCCGCCUAUAUGUGAAUAUGCUAAUGGCCUAAGCUACAAUGCCAAUUACACACAUUAUCAUUGCAAAAUUUCUUUUUCCAAUGUAGUAAAAUAGAAGAAAUAUCAAUUUGAACCUGAUCUACGAUGUAAAGAAGCAAAGAUAAAAGUAAUAUCUUUCUAAAUUGAUUAAAACCCGUUUAUGAUAUAUCAUAAAAAUUACAGAUUAUAUUUCAAAGAUGUAGUUGGAUGUAAUUCAAGAACGUAGCGAGUUAUGUGUGUUACGAUUUCUAAUAUAAUGCCAUAUCUAUAUUAUUCUUUUGUAACACAACUCUUGUCUUAUGCAAUGUUUUUUUCAAGGUAUAUCUAAAUUGUUAAUUGUACAGCAUUCUCAGUUGUAUGGUUAUUAAUAAAAUCAUUAAGUUAGAAUAGAAAUUAUAGGCUAGAACUGAUGUAAAGGUUAAUAAAUAUUUACUAGGGCUCAUUAAGAAUCCAUUAAGGGCCUUAAGAUUUUUUUACAUGUACACACAAACAAGGAACAUAUUAGAUUCAACAGAUUUUAAAUGGCUAGAUUACAAGAGCAACAAAUAUUACACGUAAUGAAAAUUUUCUGUAAUUGCAGUUCUAUCUUACAUAACAUUGACUCCUUUGUUUCAUAUGUAUCCUACAUAUUGAAUUUACACAUUACUUAUUCCUAGAUGUGACUCCUAGAAACACAAGACAUUGAAAAGAAUGAUAAAGAAUAUAAAAAUAAAACAUUACUCUUAACUGCAACUUGCCACAUUAUCCCCGCUUUUAUACAAUCCACUUUGAAACACCUCAUAGGGCAGUCCGGAUAAUUCCCUACGAAACCACUAUUAAGGGAAUCAAAUCCAGAGUACGGAAACUUUUUCCUUAUUUGUAUAAAGAUGUUUCAGAACGUUCUAGUGAACAUUAUCUGACGCCUGAUGAAAAAACUUCAACUUCAAUUCAAUAACCUCUCAAUACACUCUGCGACAUACCUGGAACAAAGCGAUUCAUUAUUAACAAUCAUCAACGAAAUAAAAUACCAGACACAACUGAUUGCAUGCAGAAGCGUCAAAAACAAGGGGACUUCAGGAAAACUCAUUGUUAUUCCCGGCGGGACGGACGUCCGUCGUCCGAGAACAGGUCUCCGGGAGCGCAGUGAUUCGUCGAUCGCGACGUGAAAAGCUCCGUGCUUUCACGCGCUCCGUGUAAACUGGUGAAAACUCGGCGUAAACUCGUCGAAAAUCUCACGAGAGCUCGAAUGGCCGAUCAAACGAGCCCAGCCUGUUGGUCGCGUGGAUUUUGAGCCGAGUGGAACCUGGUGCAAUCGAGACGCGACGAGUUCCCCCUCGAGCGCACCAUGUGAGUGCGUUCACGGAGCUCGUCGUAAACGUUGGUAUAAUCGUGGCCGACGUUGGUCGCUGUCGAUCGACCUUACGGUCUGAUGAGGGCGCGGACGACGGCAAGAUCACGCGGCUCGAGCGGCUCGCUACGAGGUUUCCAAAGAGAGGCGGCUGUCCUUUAACUUGCUCGAGGCGUCGCGGGGAUCUUCCUCGAGAGCGCCGAGCCAUCGGCGACCGGAUCGUGGCGCGCGGCCUUGGUGAACGCCAGGGCGAGCGAGGAACGUCGCCGGCGCGAGCCGGGGCGAGAGAAUGCGCCUCGGAUGAGCCGAGACGGACGGACUGAAAAUAUUCUGAAAUAGUUAUGGAGGAUAGCAUAAGCGUAAAAUCGAUGGAAUCAGUGGCGACAAGUGACGAAUAUGAGUUUGUGAGUGUAAAAGGAAACGGUAAGCAACAACAGACGCAAUUGGAACUACCUAUGCUGAAAAUCGCCAAUAACGGCAAUCUCGAAGACCUUCAGAACAAUCUUCGAGAGGUACUAAGAGAGGAUACCAAAAUGGAAGGUGGAGGAGAAACUAAGAUAAUUGGUUGCAUUGGUGGUAGCCAUCAAAUGAAUUCGAAAAUACAAAAAGUUGGACAAAGUCAAUUUUAUGACACAACGCCAUGUCCUCUCACUUCGGAGAAGCAAGACAUAAUGAAACCAGACGAUUGUAACGAAGCUGAAUUGAGCACGAUAUCAGAUGUUCAUCAGGAAUGCACAAUAUUCAAUGGUGUUACUUAUUUGGGAGCAGCUGCCAUAAAUGCACCAAAGUCAGAAUAUGAGAUUCAGCGUAAUAUGAACAUAUUAAAUGCAGAGCAAUCACUGAACAUUGGAGUUAAAGUGUCUGUCUCGGUGCCUAACAGUUCUCAGGGUGGAGUUAUUUUGUACGAUGCCAUAACUCAGCAAGCGAUAGCUCACUAUGAGGUGCAACGAAUUUUGUUCUAUGCACGGGGUGAAAACGGCGGGCCUUGUUCAGCGUGCUUUGCCUUCACCUGGUCUCAUGGUGAUACUUUGGAAUCUGCUAUAUUCCAAUGUCAUGUCUUUAGGUGCAACAUUCCUGAAGCUGUAGGGCAAGUGUCUGCUUGCUUCGCCAAAGCUUUCCAAAGGAUUCCACGGUCUAUGACAAGUUCUUUGACUGGGAGCGAUUUCAAUGGAUUCAACAGUGGCAAUGAGAAAAUUAAUUCCCGCGUUUUUAUAUUUGAAGUCACCAUGGAGAUUAAAGAAGAAGAUGGAAAGGGAACUUUCUGUACAGUUCCCAAAGAUAGGAAUUGUUUCAAAUUUAGAAGUAACGUAACAAAGCAAGUAUGUCUAAGCAUUCAACAAGUAUCUAGCAAGGAAGGAGGAAUUGCUUUAGAAGUUGAACGGUGUUUUGGAGUUCUUGUCAGUCCUGGACGAAAUGUCAAACAUAGUGAUAUGAGAUUGCUGGAAAUGCAAGUUAAUCCAGGUCCGAUAGUUCAAGAGAGACAGUGCUACAAUAUUUGUGGCCGAUGGGAUCCUGCUGAUCCAGCAUUAGAUGCCCUCAAUGUAGAGACACCGAGAGAGGAUAAAAUGUUCAUGACAGUGGCGGUCGAUUUAGUCAUUCGUGGUAUUCGAGAACCUGUAAGAUUCGUGAUUGAGACAUCUGUCAAGGUCUUCCCACAAAACGAGAGAUUUUGGUACAUUACUAAGAGGAGCCUGGUGCAACAAUUUUAUCUCAAUUCAAAAGAGAUUAUAUCAGGCGAUGGCUCAGAAAUUCAUUACGAGGUGCAGAGCAUUGAGACUUCAGGCGAGCUGGAUAGAAAUCGAUUGAACCUUGCUUUAAACUUAGCUUCGCUAAUCAGAUCUCCAUCAUUGACAAGCAUCGAUACUCUUACACCAAAGGAAGAGAUUGACUCAGCAGAUGGCGACGAGCCUAUGCUGAGCGGUACGGGAGAAGUUUCCAAAGAUUGUUCAGCAGAUGAGUUAGCCAGCUGGGCCGAGGUUUUGGAUAGCUGGCAAGUUAACGAACAACGUCCCAAGCUUCUUGUUAAAUUAACAAAGCAGGGGAUCCCCGAAGCACUCAGAGGGGAAGUAUGGCAGAGACUCAGCAAUUGUGAUAACUCACAAGACAUGAUGGACAAGUACCGAACACUAAUCACGAAGGAGAGCAGCUGUGAGAGCGUCAUUCUCAGAGACAUUAACAGAACAUUUCCGGCACACGACUUCUUCAAAGAAACCGGCGGUUUGGGGCAAGACUCGUUGUACAGAAUAAAUAAAGCGUAUGCGGUUCACGAUGAGGAGGUUGGGUAUUGCCAGGGCCUCAGUUUUUUAGUAGCCAGUUUAUUACUUCACAUGCCCGAAGAACAAGCGUUUUGCGUCCUGGUUAAACUGAUGUAUGACUAUGGGUUACGAGAUUUAUAUAAGGAUCGGUUUGAUAAUCUACACAUGCGGUUUUAUCAGCUUAAUCGAUUGAUGGAGGAUCAACUGCCGGAACUUUACAAGCAUUUCUGCGAUCGCGGGGUCGAAACGCACAUGUUCGCCGCACAGUGGUUCCUCACCUUAUUCACAGCCAGAUUUCCAUUAUAUCUCGUAUUUCAUAUCCUGGACGUAUUCCUUUUACAAGGUCUUGACACCUUGUUUCAAGUAGCCCUCGCACUUCUUAUGCUCUGUAAGAAAGAACUCUUACAACUGGAUUUUGAGAGCAUUCUGAAAUAUUUUCGAGUGCACUUGCCGAAGCGUUGUCGCAGCGAGGAGAUCUCACGCUAUGUCAUGAAACUGGCUUGCUCCGUGACGCUGAAGAAGUUGAAGAAGUACGAGGCCGAGUUUAUGACGCUGAAAGAGGCUCAGGAGAAUGCCGACGAGUACAGCAACGAAGUUGAGCAGCUACGAGGAACCGUUGCCAGGAACGAAGAGGAAAAGCAACGGUUGGAGGCCGAGUUGGUUCAAGUGAAGGAAAUACUCCAGAAGGAAGUUGUCAGGGCAGAUGCUGAAAGCAAGCGAAGUGGAGUUAUCAUCGCCGAAUAUAAGCAGAUUUGCCAACGUUUGGAGGACGACUACCAUGCUCUGAAGGCGAGCCUGGGCGAUUUAAGGGGGAAGGUAUCGAAAUGCGAGAAAUGCCGAAUCUUUUUGUCGGAUGGCCCAGCUGUGUUGGCAGAGAUCUCCCACCCGCUGGAAACCAGAAUCGAUCCCAUGUUGCACAGAGCCCAAGAAAGAGUUCGCGAAUUAGAGCUCGAACUCGCCCAGACCAAGUUGAUGCACGUCGAGGCCGAAUGUAGAAAUCAAGACCUGACACAUCAAUUGCACGCAACUGCAUCGGAACUGCAGGCUGCGAGGAAUAGCUGGCCCUGGCUCAGUAAAACCUUGUCAAGUAUAAAAGAGGCUACCAAUAAACGGGAAGCAAUGGCCCCUGGAGUCUUGAGACGAGAUAGCGCUCCCGGGGGAGAGAUGAGACACACGAUACAUUCGCAGAGUCGCGACAGUCUUAAGGAAGCCGUGUGAUACGGCGAAUUUCCCAGCAGAAGAGGUACGUCGACAGACCCCCGGAAACGUAGAUGAGAGUUAAGGGAGAAGCGUGAGAAGGAAGCCGAAGCAAAACCGAAAGGAGACUCCCGGAACAGGGAACAUUUGACCGGACAGGGAAUUCCUCGAGAACUCUAGAAGAGGAACCAGAAGGUCGUCAUCUUGGAGAAGGAUUUCUGUUAGGACACGAAGCCGUGUAUUUGCGUGCCCGAGCCUGAGCGUAAUGUUGUAAGGCAUACUGCUAAACAAGUUUUGUCCUCGCGUCUCACGGAUCGCAAUCGAUGCGAAUUUUCGACCCCGCGACGGAGUCGACAUUACCGGAAGACAUUAGUUCUUAAGGAGACACUUUUGUUACGUUUUACAAGUAUAUUCCGUUUAUACGGAGUCCUCGUUCGUACGGACGUCGUACACCAAACCGCGAUGUAGCUUUUAAGCCCGUUCCUUUAGCCCCUUUUUAUAAGACAGAUCAAAGACACGUAAACGUAGCGGUGGAUUCCAGAAAUAAGAACCGUCUUCUCGCCGUCCUUUAAAAAAAAAAAAAAAAAGGAAAAAACCAUAACUUCUGAAGAUUUCAAUUUAAUUGAACGGGAAGAGAUGAUAACGGAAUGAUCAAUUCGAAGGAAAAUUUUCACGUAAGGUUAAAUUAUGUAAACGUGCCAGCGAGGGCAGAGAUUCACGCUUGGAGAUGUCUAAUUGCAAAUAUAAUUACGUAAUAGGAGGCAUUUGAAAGUUUCGGCUUUUAAGAAGCAACGAAAAAGACAUCAUUAUUCGCAGGGAUCCACCGGUAUAUCCGAUCGACGACGUAAUUUAUAUCCUCAACAGGUUAUCCUGUGAUACCGAAAGUUUCACGCGCCGCUUGACAAAUUGGAGGAUAAGAGGAAUCUCCUUUGAAUGGGCAUGUGCGAGACUGAAAAUUUCCACGAUCCAGGAGGAUCAAGUUCUAAAUGCAUACGCUGCGUUUUGUACGAAACUAGUCUAAGAAAGCUAGGAAGAACGAAGCUCGUCACGAGCCCGACGACGUCGAUCACAGAUCUACGAUACGUUCGCCAGUUCCAGCUUUCUCUGUCCACAUCCGUAUCGCAAGGACGUAGGAAUAUGAACCAUACAGCAGACUAAACCCGAUUAAUUGAGCGAUACAAUCGGAAUCUUGUCAUUGAAUGAUAUAAGACACCCAAGACGUUGUACAGAGAUCUUGUUAGCUACAAUGUCCACAUCCGCGUAACGAGGACGCGGGAAUAAACCUUAGAAGAAUGAUUUCCGCGAAUUUUGCGAGUAAAUGGCUGAUUCAAGACGCGCAAGUCUUACAUAAACGAUGCAACGUGAUCUCGUCAUAAGGACGUAGGUAAUUAACCGUACGAGUAUCCGCCACAAUUCUAUCAUGUCCAACGGUACACGGCGGAAUAGUAACGACUAAGAGUACAUUAUUUAGUUAACUUUUUGUACCGCCUUGUUUUGCAUGGAAGGGCUCUAGGGUUCACAUUCCAUAUUAGACCGAGCUGAUACAUUUUCUCCUGUGCACUAUUAGCCUGGGUGAUUUGACAAGGAUCAAUAGAGGAGAUUUUAGACCGAUUUUGAAACACAGCUAGACCCAAAGGUCGGCGUCACGACUAGAAAGCGAACCUCAGGCGAAGGUCAUUAUCGUGCACUGUCCAAAAUGUAUUUAUCUCCGAGCGAUAUUUUUGGUAUGGUGGUAAAUGGAAGGCAUGAGUUGUAGAAUAAAAGAUACUAGGCGCGCAUGUAAUUUUGCAGAACACGUCAUACCGGUACGUAACUUAUUUUUAGACAGAGGGACAGUGCGUACUUUAAGGUUCCGUUUUGCACCGAAGUCGCUCCUUAGGUCGUAAAUGUAAAGAGCGCUUUGUUAUCGUAAGGGUACGAAAGAGGAAAUCGUGAAAAUUGAAAUUUUACGGAAAGGGUAUUGCAAGACGAGCGCAACAGCGUUGACAAUGACAUACCACGUUGAAAGUGCCUCGACACAGACUCGCAAUGUUCGUAAAAUUAAAUAACUAGACUUUAACCCCUUGCCCAAUGACUUUUCCCACGAUUGAAUUUGAAACGUUACUCGACACGAGUAUUACUCUUUACAAGGCAAGGGGUUAGAACCAAGGUGUGCUAGUUUUGUCAUUCAAUUGUUUUUGCGUUUAUAUACGCUCGAACUGGCAAUAAUGUUUCUUAGGAUAUGUUUCUCACAUUUUGACACUUUGUUUUUUUUGCCAUUGUUAUACGAAGCAGGAUUAGUGGUAGAACAGAGAUUUCUCCCCCCAUUAAAGUUUAUAGUUCGCUCUCAAUUUGGAUGGUUACUUAUUUUAAUGUGUAGAGUGUACAGUUAAUUAGGGAAUUUGGAAUUCGUUCGUGAUCGUCAUGAUUUAUCAGCGGAUAGACUGUAAAAAUCGCGGCUCGACGAUCCGGAAUUUAAUUUUCAAACAUUUCUUCCACCGUCCCUGCUACAACUUUAGGUGAUUCUUUUAAUGACCGCACAUUGGCUGCGAAAUUGGUUUGACGCCGUUAUUAUUUAAAAACUGUGGAAGCUCGUGGUGGUCAAUGUAAAGUCUCCCAAUUGACAGAUGCUGAAGGCGAACACUUUCUGUAAAUAAUAAAGAGAAAGGAUAAGGUUCAUUCAACUGGCUAUUAAUCGGUCGUGUAAAGACUUAGAGUUACGUUCCCUGCAAGUGUAACAUUGUACAUCCUGUAAUUUCAUUCCACUCUUAUUGAAAUAAAGAAAGAUACCGAA